AAGCAUCCAAGCCGGGACCCCCUUAUAUAUAGUCUCUUCCCCAGCUGUCCUCUCACUCCUAAACUGGUGAGUGAUUCCAGAGAACAGAGACAAUGGCCGGAAAGCGGACCUUCUCACUAGCACUCGUGUGGACGCUAGCUGUACUCGGAACCCUAGCUCUCGCUCAGGCGAAGAAGAAGUCGCAAGAGGAUUUGAAGGAAGUGACACACAAAGUUUACUUCGAUGUUGAGAUUGGCGGAAAGCCUGCAGGUCGUAUUGUCAUGGGUCUCUUUGGGAAGACAGUUCCUAAGACAGCAGAGAAUUUUCGGGCAUUGUGUACAGGGGAGAACGGUGUUGGAAAGAGUGGGAAACCUCUUCAUUACAAGGGAAGCAAAUUUCAUAGGAUUAUUCCCAGCUUCAUGAUCCAGGGAGGUGAUUUUACACUUGGUGAUGGAAGAGGUGGGGAAUCAAUAUAUGGAGAAAAGUUUGCUGAUGAGAACUUCAAGCUGAAGCAUACUGGGCCAGGGUUUCUUUCAAUGGCAAAUUCUGGUCCUGACACAAAUGGUUCACAGUUUUUCAUUACAACUGUCACAACUAGCUGGUUGGAUGGUCGGCAUGUCGUGUUUGGAAAAGUGCUAUCUGGCAUGGAUGUGGUUUACAAAAUGGAAGCUGAAGGCCGGCAGAACGGCACACCCAAGAGCACAGUUGUAAUUGCAGACAGUGGCGAACUUCCGCUGUAGUUUUGUACUUCCUCUGUUUGUUCUCCUUUUCAAGUUUAUUCUAGACAUUGGCAUUUUUCUUCUCUUUGUUACAUUGACACUCUUCCGAUAUAACAUUAUGAAACUGGUUUUUACUUAA